AUCGAACUCUAGCAGCCGUCCUUGGCCCUAUAAUCUGAUCGUCCCCAGGCCGAACUUCCGUGGCAAAACUCCAGGACAACUGCAGCAUCCAGCAUCCAAUCGCGAUGCCGCUCAGCCGCCGAGGGCAUUGCGUCAUUGAUCGCAUCUGGUGUUGGGCUUCAAUCUCAUCACCAGAAGCCCACAGACUUCCCCUCCGCCCUUCAAUCAUCCAACUUCCGCUCCAGAACUGUCCCCAGCCCUCCCGCCGAAUCCACCAUCUUCGUCGACCACUCUUCGUGAACCCUCCCCGAACACGCGACAGCAUCACUGUUUCACCAGCUGCCCCUCUCCAACCCACCAUCUUGCGCACAAUGUCCGACGACGCCUACAUGAACUUCCUGAACAAGGCCAACGCGGACUUGGACACCGCGCGAGCUCAACAAGCACAAGACUCCCCUACCGUCCGCACCGAAACAGUCGAAACGGGCGUCCACGUCCCGGCUCCCCUGACCUCAGUUGACGCCUACUACAUCUCUGAGACCGACGCACCAUUCGAACCCGUCGCACUGCGAUGGGAGGGCGCGUCUAAAGGAAUCUUCCCUGACCCUUCGCAUCUGUCCCGUCUGAUCUCGCCGAAUGCGGAUCUUUCAUCAUCGAUCACUACUCUCUCACCAUCCUCGUUUGAUCCGAGGAAUCAGUACCCGUCUGCGCUGCGCGCGGUGCGCGCCGCGGCGGCGGAGUCGUCUGGAGGGGAUGAAUCGGCGGUGGAUGUGAAGGUUUAUCGGGUUGAGGUUGGGAUGUCGCGGAUUGAGUAUUAUAUUCUCGCGGUGGACGCGGAGAAGUCGUUGCUUGUGGGAUUGAGGACGAAGGCUGUUGAGACUUAGGGGUGCUUUCUUGCUGCUCUUUGUACUUGGUGUGUCUUUGCGGGUGUAUGUGUGGAGGAUUGGGGAUUGUAAUGGAUGAGAUGUGUCUGUGGGAAUGAAAUUGUAUACUUAUACCUUUGGAGUCAUGUUCUCCCCCUCUUUCUGAUGGAGUGUCUAGAUAGAGUACGAGGCAUAUCGUUGUGUCCCUUGGUACUCUGGAAACAUCGUAGGGCAAAAAUCAGUAUUAAACAUGGUAUCCAGGCGUUGGUCGACUUUUAUAUACACAUUGAUACUACAUACUAAUGUACCCAAUGCCAACACAACGAAUAAAGCCUGUUGGUUACUACUGGACAUGGUAGUAGAUACUCCCUCCAUACAUACAUACCAUGAAC